UCUGCCCUUCCUACGGUAUCUCCCCCUCCUCUCUCUCUCUCUCCCUCCCUACCUACCCUUCCCUGUCCCACCCCCAAGCCUUCUCCAUCCACCCAUACGCACUUUAAAGGAGAGAUAGUGCAAUGCUUGUGUUCUGGGAGGGCGUGAUUUGUAUUUUAGCGUCUCUCUCUUCGCUGCCGAGUACGGACGAGGGUAGUUUUGGCCAUAUGUCAGAAAGUAGCGUUCGGUGGAUUUACGUGGAGGUGCCCAGGUGUGUGUUGCCCGCUGACCCUUUUUGGCACGUCUAAAUCGCUAAAUUCCUCGCAUACCAUCGCCUUUCUCGCCUUAUACCGCGUUCGAAUAGCCAUCUCUUCAUGCCGAGGUGGAAAAUACAUCCCCGCUUUGCUGUUCCCGGGUAUAGCUUCCUUCUGACGCCGGCAUGGGACGCAGCGCUAAAUUACAGUCCGCUAAAGUCUCCUGCCACAGUCUUGCGUUUUCCAACAUGGCGUGGUUUGUAUACUGUUGACAUCCAGUGACAGAGGAUGAGGAAACGCCUGGCAGCACUCCAGCCCAUGUAGCCCAGCCUCUUGCAGCCCCAACAUAGAUUUGCAGGAGCAGUGUGAGGGCGGCGGUGGCAGGAUGUGAGGAAAACCAGCAGCUGUACCAUGGCCCAGGAGUUCCUUCCGCUGUGCGAUGUGCUCUUCAACAUCAUCUCGUUGGCUUCCUACUUCUGUGAUGUGGUGUUCGAUGUGGUCACCAUCUACACGCUGUACGAGCAGCAGGAGGUGGUGUGGUUCACGCUGUCCCUCUCGUGCGUGCUGCUGUCCCUGGUCGUGUGUCAGCUGUGCUCCCUCAAGUGGUAUCUGUCCAGCCUUCGGAAAGACUUGGCCAAAAAGGACUGCGACCUUAGCCUCAUGAUCCUGCUGCACUUCUUCCAAGGCGGUGUUCUGUGGCGGUACUUCAAACUGUUCAUCCCCGUGGACCUGCGCUACGUGAAGCAUGAGGUGCGUGACCUGUGCAUGCUGCGCCUGGUACACGCCUUCUGCGAAGCGGCACCAAUGUUGCUCAUCCAGCUGUACCUGAUAUGGCGCAAACCCUCGCUCUCCCACCUCACCGACCUAAACAUCGUGUCCACGGCGCUGUCGCUCUUCAGUGUGUGUUGGGCGCUCGCCUCCUUCAACAAAAACGUUCGCCGCCACAACGUCCACCGCCUCAUCUUGACGUGGCUGGGCGUGAUCUUCCAGUUCAUAUGGAGGCUGGGGACCAUCACCUCCCGCUCCCUGGCCCUCACGGUGUACGCCACGCUGUACGGCUACUGGGUGUUCCUGGUCAUCGCCCUGCACUGGGUCUCCAUGUUCCUGUGGCUCAUCUCCCCCAAGAACGUGUUCCACGGAGAGAAAAUGCCAAUGUUCAAGAAGGUGAUCUUUUCCAUGCUGAUUGCCUUCUGCUACAUCUUCUGCUACAUCAAUCUACAGGAGAUCAAUGCGCGACAGAAGAUGGUUGCCUUCUACAUCACCAUGCUUCUGGAGAACGCCCUACUGGUGGCUGUGUGGCUGGGCGGGCUCAGGUCCUCCCCUUGGUAUCAGUACCCGGUCACCGCCCUCGUCUUCGUGUCGUUUGGGUUUGGCGUCGUAUUCAUGAUCUUCUACUACCAACACUUCCACGUCAAGAGACUCAAGCAUAACUACACUGUGUCUUCGUCUAUCAACACUUACUCGUCAUGCACAGGCUGCCAACUCGGCCAGUGUACGGACAAAUCUCACCGCAUGCCCUUCCCUUACUACCUGAACGAGCUCUCCGCCAGCGACAACAGCACCAUCGCGUCGAACCACCACCAGAACGGAACAACGAAGCCCAACAACCUCGAAACAAGUGAAGCGCGGAGCAACCACAACGAUCAUCACCACCACCAUCACCACCCGUCCCAACACCACCACAAUCCAACCGAUGGUCUUCACGUGCCUGGGGUUUUCACGUGUCGCUUCAACCCAGGGAUCAAAAGGAAGAAAAAGAAGCCUACUAGUUUCGUGCCCCCGCCGGUGCCUGUCCUGCCUUCUCUGGGGGUACCGAACAACAAUGGCCGAGUGGUUCCUUUCUGGAAACGACCAUUGCCACAGUCGAUAUCCAGUGACCACGAGGGCAGUGUGGGCUCCAGGGUCAACAUCCAACAGAAGCUCCAGGAAAAGAAACAACAGCAGAUUGCGGAACUGCGCCAGAUCGAGGAAGAGAUCAAGGCUGGGAAAUUGAAGCGACCACACCCCAGUGACAUCUCGGAGUCUGGCACGCUGCGUCAGCCCAUCCCUCGCGCCAAGAAGCAACCAUGGCUGAGACCAGAACCUCUAGAGUACACAUACCUGGUGGUGGAACCUUCUGCGGCGCCCGUUCCCGCCCCUGCCCACCGGAAGCACCGAUCCCAGACCCCGGAGAUCCUGCUUGCGCCGCACUACUUAGAGAACACCAGGAUCUAUUACGACUAUCAAGAUCCUCGGUGGAAGUACGGGAACAACUACCACCUUCCCUCUGAUGAGAUGAGCGGCUCGAGCUACUCCAAACACUCCAUCAAGCGGCGGAACAGGAAAGGGGACAAAAACGCCGACAACAGGGACAAGGUGAUCUACAAGUCGUACAGGAUCCCUUCCGACCUCGACAGUCAGAUCUCCUUGCCCAGGUCGUACACGCUGCCUCGCGAGUUCAAGUACUACCGAAGACCCAAGUCGAGAAAAGCUGUGAGGACGGAUCACUUCAUGGCCUCAACCAACUCCAGUGACGGAGACGUCGACUCGUGUGACGAAGGAGACUUGGAGGAGUCCCUAAGCCGUCUCAACAAUGCCGUUCACUUUCACCUCAACCACAACCACAACCAUCACCACUACCACCAUCACAGCUUCCUUCACACGCAUCAUAACAAUGCCAAUAACAACAACCACGUGGCCCCUGAGUCGCCGCCCCACCCCCAGCACCCUCUUCGGGCUCGUAUCCACGCAGCCUUCCACCGCAAUCUGGCCAACACGCACGAGACCAAGUUGUGAAGGGCAGUCUUUAGUCCCAGAGGCGCGACAUGAGACUCGGGGACAUGUAGCAAGUGUGAAAAAGGAAUGUGAAGGCAGACCAUACAUAAUAACCAACCAGGAAGUGAAAUAAAGGAAAGACCGUCAUUUUCCAGGUGCCAAUUCAGAUAAAAAGUGCUCAUUGGUUGUGUGGGUGUGAACAUGUGAGGUAAACCGAAGUCUUCCUGCCCCAGAUGCACGAGUGAAAAUUAACCUCGAUGCAGGGCAGCCUACAUUGUCCUUGAGGCUGCCAUGGAAUAUAUCCCUAACUGCUACUAAGCUUAAACGGUCGAAAAUGUCACAUGGAAGAACUCUGUGCAAUCUGUGUUUAUUCUUGUGCCAAAAUCGCGUGCUGCCAUAGUGUGAACGCGUGGCUGUGCGUGUUGGCUCUGAUUUGCGAGUCCUGCAGAUCCGUCAGGAGGCUUACGAACGGUGUGUAUGGAGGUGAAGCAGCCGUUUGAAGUGGGAUGGUAUGCCAUGCAGCCUGGGUAUAUUUAUGGUUCCAAGAGACAACGGCUCUUGAGUAAACCACCGUGUGUGUGCUCACCUGCCUGACGCGGACUCGGGAUCUUUCGGAUACUGACUGAGCACUAUAGAGAUAGCCACCCGAACCCAAACCCGAACCCGAACCCGAAUCUCAGAUGACAUAAGGAAUGCUCUUGAAGGAAUACUCUUGUUAGUCUAUGUGCCACGAAGACAUGUUCCCUAUACUUACACAAGUCCUCUGGUGCCACGAGACUCUAUAGGUCUUGUGACUCUUCAUGCUGUGACCAAAAUAACUCAUUGUAUCACUCACCUUUUUCAAGACACCAACACUCAGUACGUAACGAGUUUGUGCAUUGUUGUUUCGAAAGACUCUACAGGUAAAUGAUUUAUUAACAUGUAAUUUUAAUUCUAUCAAAGUUAUAAUAACACAAUCGGAGAUGAGAAUGUCACUCUUAAAUAUUAAUGUUCGAGUACCUUAGACCAUCCAUGGUUUAAUUACGCAUUAAUCUAUAAUCGAUGUUGGAAAUGAUAACUUGUUAAGACUUAGGAUUUAAUACCGUAUUCCUAAACGUAUCGGCACCUUGGUACGCCUGUUUGAAAAGCCUCUCGUGGAGAAAGUUCCUGGUAUUUUCAUGGACUGUUUUGUGAUGCUAGUGGUAGUUUUACCCGACUUCUGCGCCAUUAACGGGAAAAAUCAUCCAUCAAAACCCAGCUGAUCUUCUCUGUGGGCUUGGCAAAUAGUCGUGAUGGAGCCCGGUACGUUCACGAAUGUGGACCUUAGUGUUUGGCGCGUGUGUGCACGGCCGUACCUGUCUCCCACCUCUGUUCUCCCCAAGUGGCCCCGAGUGGCGGCCACGCUAGUCCCCGGCGGCGGUGCGUUGCGGCCCCGAGUCGUGAGUGGCGAUAACUGCUCAUCCUUAGGUUCACACUGGGUGACUUACCGACGCGCGGAACGGUAGGUUGGCAGUGCUGCUAGAUGUGAGAGUUUAUUCUUGGUAGGAUAAAAGGAAAACCUUGCUCAGGUUCAGAUAUCAGAGGCGGGCAUAUCCUGAUAUAUUGUUAUUCCCCUAUACGUGUAAUACACACACA